CCGGGGAGAGAACACAGCAGGAGAAACGACGAACGAUCAGUGCACUUGAGAAAGCCCAUUGUAGGCUAUCUCGACGUGUAUGUUCUGAACGCUCUACAACAUGUUAAUGAGUUUUCAUCUACUCCCAACGAAAAAUUCACGUGGCGUAUUCAGUAUACGAAAGAAAAACACUAGUUCGAGACAUUUACCCUCUUGAUCGAGUCUUUCAUCUAAUAUCAAUUGUGCAAUAAGCAAGUUGAGGAACGAUGCCAGGCAAAGGGGGCAGAAGAGGAAAGUACGGUGGAAAAAGAGCUGAGUUUACAUCUGAUGAGGAUUCGAUCAACAAUGAUGCGUGCAGCGAUACCAGUGGCCAAUCUGACAAUCGUAGUAUGCUGGAGGAUGCAAACGACAACGAGGUAGAUGAGCUCGCGCAGCAAGAGGCGUUCGAAGAGAAGCUGAAAGAGGCGAUCGAUGGGCUGACGCAAAAGAGUGCCAAGGGCCGGCUCAUCUGUUUCAAUGGAAUCGAGAAAAUUUUCGCCAUCAAGUAUAUACCCGAUUUCGUGGAGGACAGAAAGAUGACCAUCACAGAUGCCGUGGAGCGCGGCCUGAAGAAAGGACGGGGUGAAGAACAGUCAACAGCGGCCAGAUUGAGCACUCUGCUGUGCAUCCAAUUGGGCGCCUUCGAGAGUGCCGAGACAGUUUGCAGGGAUCUGAAAUCGAUUCUUACUUUCAUAGCCAACGAUAAUACAGCUUCUGUUCAUGCUCGGGCCGAGUGUUGUUGGGCGUUGGCUAUGAAUCAAUUCUUAUCAGGCAAUGAUGCGACCGACACCAUGGAAAUUGCACAGCUACUUUCAUCUAUCUUCUCUGGUUCUUAUUUGAAAGGAAAUGGCGCGAUCGCAAACAUAUCCACGGACGUGGCAGCGCUUCACGUGGCAGCUAUCUCAUCGUGGACUCUGCUUCUCACGGUUAUGACAUCUAUGGAUAUCUACAAUUUGUUCGCCAGUGGUAGAACCAACAGUUAUAUGCCUUCACUGAAUCGAUUGCGUGAAUUGCUGAAAUCGCCGCAUCUCGAUGUACGCCUGUCAGCCGGCGAAGCACUAGCAGUAAUAUUUGAACUUGGUCGUGAUUUCUCCUGCGACUAUGAACAGAAUUGGGCACUUGAUCUGAUUGAAAUUCUUAAGGAACUCGCCACAGAUUCUAACAAGUAUCGAGCUAAGAAAGAUCGUAAACAACAACGCGCUAACUUCAGAGAUAUUCUACAUUAUAUCGAGGAAGAUAUCGUUCCGGAAAUGCAUGUGAGAUUUGGCCAAGAAGUUUUAUACUUGGAGGGAUGGUGCGCGAGGACUCAGUACAAUGCCUGUUGCCGGCUGUUAGGCACUGGUGUUAAUUUUCAUCUUGCUGAAAACCAACUCUUGCGCGAGAUCUUUCAUCUCGGUAACAAAGUUCUACCUCCACCGAUUACGAUCAAAACGAGUAAAUUAGAAAGAACGUUAAUGAAUGCAGCCGCGUUCAAAGCACGCACCAUUCAGCGCAACAAGAAUCGCGACAAACGAUCUGCAGCUAUAGCACCGUAAUCAUACUUCUGCUCCUAAUACCGGUUGUCUCAUUUUAGUGUAAGGCCCUGCGCACAAUGGAGGAAAUAUUAGGAAAAUAUUAGGAAUAAGAAUAAAUAUUAAAUUUUAGAAAUAAAAAUUUAGAAUAAAAAUUAAACGUAAGGCACACUGAAUACAAAUAAGUAUAAGAUAUGACUAUAAGAUAUUUUAUACUUAUUUAUAUUCAUUGUGCGUUGUAUUUAAUUUUUAUUCUGAAUUUUCAUUUCGAAAAUUUAAUAUUUAUUUCUGUUCCUAAUAUUUGCGCAUUGUGCGCAGUCCCUACGAAUAUACUUCAAUUUCUCUUUUAAUUUAUUGCAACUAUAAAUUUAUAAUAAUAGAGUAAAUCGCUAUUGUCGGUCAAAAUUGUACAGAUAUUCCAUGUAAUAUGUAUCCUCUAUCCUUUCACAAAUUUUGUCGAUGUGAAAUGUGAUCUAUCUCGUCACUUUAUAAUAACUAUAUUUAUUUAGUAAUGUUUAAUAAAGUCCAAGUGUAUAUACAAGUUGAAUAUGUAUAUAUACAAUAAUGCCGAUAAUAAUAAACUCAUUUUACAUAAAUUAUUUUAUAUAUAGUACGUGUAUUGAAUCUUUUAUCAUUUGAAUGUCUUAAACUGUUAUGAUUGUCGCUGAUUUUUUCUUGUAUAUACAUUAUUUUGGCAAUGAAAUUAAAUGAUGUUUCAAUCACUCAGAUGGAAUUAUAUAAUGUUUAGUUCAAACAUUUCUCGUAAAUUUCAUUGUGCAAACGGAUACUACUCAUAAAAUUAUUUCAAAUACAUUUAUAGUGUGUGUGUAUAUAUAAUUAAUAGUGUAGUAACUAUGAUGUGAUGCAUUCUAGAAAAUUGCCAUCAUCUUGUAGACAAGCAUUUCGAAUUCUCAUUGAGAAGCUAACGAAAUGCUGGCAUAUGCCAAUUCUACGAUAGCGCAACAUUAAGGUGUUUUCUAGUAAUUAUUAGUAUUGUGUAAAUGAAACACUUGAAAAUUGACAACGCAUUCACAGAAUUUGCUAUUAUCAAUAUUACAAUUAUAUUUUUUAAGAAAUAAUAUCUGCAAUAUAUAAAGCUAUAACAUGACAUACUUCUAUUAAUCAAUGUAUUUAUUAGUAUUUGAGCAACCCCUCGAAUAGUUUUUGUAUCAAACAGCAUUAACAACGCAGUUCCUAAACACGCUAAAACGUAUUCCGUUUGACGUCUCUCUGAAAUCAUCUCAUCUUUAUUGUUCAUUAAACAAUGUUCACUAGGAGAGACGCUCUGAGAUGCAUCAAUUUUCACAAAAUUUGAUAAUAUUUUAUUGAUUCCUUGAAUACACUUUGAAAUUUUUUUUUCUUUAAGAAAAAAUGAUCUCGUCUCUUCUAAUUUGUAAUUUCUUCCCAGUCAAUAUCAAGGUGUAUCAUUGAAUAAGAAUUCUUAAUAUUUAACUUUCUUGGUCAUAUUGAUUGUACAAAAACUUGAAACGUUUGCAUUUACAGUGUAAUCCAAUAAGUCUCAAGUCUCAACACAAUAUAGAUGUAGUAACUAUAAUAAUUAUAGUCUAGAAACUAUACCCCCCCCCGCACACACACAGUAAAGCGUAUGAAACAUUUAAUUAGAAUUGUACAUAAUUAAAAUUAUAUAAUGUAAAUUGUAACAACGUAUUCAAUUAAUCUAAAAUAUAGGUUAAACAAAAAUAAAUGUAAAAUUAUCUGUUUUAUUACUGUUUUACAAUUUUCUCCACAAAACAUUCCAACAAAUAUCUAACAGAUUUCGUUAUCUUUCGAUUAAAAAUGUUGAUCACAGUCACUUUGAUUAAAAAAGAACGUACAACGUAAAAUACAAUCAAAAUCGUACAGUGAUGUAAUAUUUUAAGUACAUUUCAAUCUCUAUAUCUACUUUUAUAAUGAUUAUGACACAGUUUUAUAUAAAAAUAAUAUAAAGCAUAUAAUUACAUGACUUGUCAUUAAUAACAAGCGUACAAUCAUAACAACAAUCUAUUAUUUAAGA